AUGGCUGCAGAAAACUACACUUCCGUGACGGUGUUCAUUCUCGGGGGGCUGACACACCGGCCAGAGCUCCAGCUCCCCCUCCUACUCCUCUUCCUGGGCAUCUACCUGGUCACCGUACUGGGCAACCUGGGCAUGUUCACCCUCAUCUGGCUCAGUGCUCAGCUUCACACCCCCAUGUACUACUUCCUUAGCAACCUGUCACUGGUGGAUUUCUGCUACUCCUCAGUCAUCACCCCAAAAAUGCUAGUGAACUUUGUGGCAGAAAAGAACAUCAUCUCCUAUGAGGGGUGCAUGUCCCAGCUCUACUUCUUCCUAGUGUUUGUCAUCGCCGAGUGCUACAUGCUGACGGUGAUGGCCUAUGAUCGCUACGUGGCCAUCUGCAGCCCUCUGCUCUACAACAUCAUCAUGUCCCCUCAGGUGUGCUCUCUGCUGGUGGCCGGAGUCUACGCCAUGGGCUUCAUUGGUGCAACAACAGAGACUGGACUCAUGCUAAGGCUGUCCUACUGUGAGCCCCUCAUCAGUCACUACUUCUGUGACAUUCUCCCCCUCAUGAAGCUCUCCUGCUCUAGCACCUAUGACAUCCAGAUGACAGUAUUCCUAUUGGCUGGAUUCAACAUCAUAGUCACAGGCAUAACAGUCCUUGUGUCCUAUGGCUUCAUCCUCUCCAGCAUCCUCCGCAUCAGCUCCACUGAGGGCAGAGCCAAAGCCUUCAGCACCUGCAGCUCCCAUCUUGCUGCAGUGGGGAUGUUCUAUGGAUCCACUGCCUUCAUGUAUCUGAAACCCUCCACGGCCAGCUCCCUGGCCCAGGAGAAUAUGGCCUCUGUGUUCUACACCACAGUCAUUCCCAUGCUGAACCCCCUCAUCUACAGCCUGAGGAACAAGGAGGUCAAGGCCGCCUUCCAGAAGACACUCAGGAAAAACAGACUUUGA